UGGUCAGUUGAAGAACAAUGACUACCUUGGAGAGUACAGCACCACCGCUGGUGGAAUCCACAGUGUUGACAGCAACCACUGUGUUGCCGGAAAUCACUACAUCGCCACCAGAAUUUCUGUGUCCCCUGGGAUUCAUCUGGAUCGUUGAGCUGGCUUCCUGCAUGCCCGAUAAGAGCGGUCUGCAGCUCCGGGUUGGCUUCCGACAAUGCAUUGAAGGCUACUACCUGGAUUUGAGGUACAAUCAGUGCAUUCGUAAGAAGUACCACCCCAAACAGGUUACGGGACAAAUAUAUAAAUAUUUCUUUGAAACAACAACGUCAAGGAGACCUCCAACAAGAGUGACCACUACACCCACUCCUUUUACUGGCCCUUGGUAUGCCUAUGGGCAAUUGGGCACCACAUUGCCACACCUAGACUAAGGCACAUCUAAGGUUUUACAACUCAUGCAAAUUAAACUAAAGAGUUUUCGAUCAUGAAUUGCUUUACAACUUCCUCGAGUUAGUUGGCUAGUUUGCUUAGCCCAAUUCAUAAGUAAAUACAAUUAACCGUA